AUGAGUUUGGGAGGAGGUCACAAUACAGACGGAUCAAAUGCAGGAGGAAUAUUUGUUCAGUUUAAUCAAGAUUGCACGUCAUUAGUUGCAGGAAGCAGUAGCGGCUACCACUUGUUUGCACUGACUCCAGACGAUGGAGUGGAGGAGAUAUAUGCAAGCCGCUCAGGGCAGGACACCUGCUUGGUGGACAGACUGUUCAGCAGCUCCCUUGUGGCUAUUGUCACAGUCGCAGCACCAAGAAAGCUCAUCGUGUGCCACUACAAGAAAGGCACAGAGAUCUGCAACUACAGCUAUAGCAAUACCAUUCUCGCAGUCAAGCUCAACCGAUCUCGGCUGAUCGUGUGCCUGGAGGAGUCGCUGCACAUCCACAACAUCCGCGACAUGCGGAUCUUGCACACGAUCCGUGACACGCCUCCCAAUCCGCGUGGAUUGUGCGCGCUCUCGCCCAACGUGGACCGCUGUUACGUCGCAUAUCCCGGCUCGAGUGCAGUCGGCGAAGUGCAGAUCUUUGACGCGGUGCAUUUGAACGCGAAGUGCGUGCUGAGCGCGCACGAUAGCCCGCUGGCGGCUCUCGCGUGGUCCAUGUGCGGGCGGAGGCUGGCCACCGCGUCCGAGCGCGGCACCGUCAUCCGAGUGUUCGCGGUGCCGGAGCGCACGCGUUUGUACGAGUUCCGACGAGGAGUCAAGCGCUGCGUCAGUAUCGGAUGUCUAGCGUUUAGCGCUUGCGGACAGCUAUUGGCGGCUACGUCCAACACGGAGACAGUGCACGUAUUCCGGUUGGAAGAAGAGACGAGCGCGAGUGUGGGCGCAGCGGGCAGUGGGGGUGCGGGUGAAGGGGUUGGGGAGGGGGAGGGUGCGGCCGAGGGAUGGAUGGGGUGGCUGUCGCAGGCGGUGUCUGCGGGCGCCGGAUACCUGCCGGGUGCCGUGGCUGACGUGCUGGCACAAGGACGAGCCUUCGCGUCAGCUCGCCUGCCCGUCUGUGGGCAUCGAGCAGUCGUCGCCAUCACCAACGUAUCUCGUGGAUCUGCUGGCGCACGUCUGCUGGUAGCAACUUGCGCGGGUGUGCUGUACGUAUACGCACUCGACGCGCACGAGGGCGGCGAAUGCGCGCUGCUACGCACGCACCGCCUUCUCGACGCGCCGCACGCACACGAAGCGCCGGAGGGGAACAGCUACGCGCGCGCACUGCGGGGCGGCCAGCACGACAUGACAGAGUCGGAGCGCGCGGCGGCGCUGGGUGCAGCCGUGAGCGCGGCGGACGCGGACGCAGGCGCGGGUGGCGCGUUCGACCUGCGCGACCCGGCGCACUUCCCGCCCAUGCGCGCGCCGCACGCGCCCGCCCCGCCGCACGCCCCGCCGCCCGCGCCUGCCGACUAG